AUGCCAGCCUCUGACCUCUUGCGUUGCAAUAAUCGAGACCGGGAAAAGACACAGACCAAGACCGGAACAAAGCGGGCAGUCGACUGCGAACUGGAGAUCGUGGACCGAGUCUUGAUUCAAGAGCUAGCAGACAGUAUUGGCACAGAAGAGAGUGAUAAAUGGAGUCUGGCGUCGAUGUUUGCAGCUGAGAAGAACAAGGGCAAAAGCCAAAAGGAGAAUCGGUUUCAGUAA